UAGCGACAGGGUCUCGGACCUUAGCUCCUCGCUGCCUUAUCAACAUCUUUUAGCAUCUGCAGCACCCGAGGCCAGGGUAACUGGCGGCAGGUAGGAAACUAUGUAAAAGAAUCGUCUGAUGUCACAAUUUCUGGGUGUCACUGGAACAUUUGAUCAUCAUUCCUUCAGCAAUUCAGGCUUCUAUGGAAGGUCAGUAGAAGCAAUUGAUUUAUUCACCUCUACAGGAAUCAGACUCAGCCUAUUUUGCUUUCUAAUCUAGGUUUUCAGUGAAUUAUGCCUUUUCGGUUUGGGACUCAGCCACGGAGGUUUCCAGUGGAAGGAGGAGAUUCUACAAUUGGGCUGGGACCUGGCCUGAGGUCCAGCGUUGCCUGUAAUGGGAAAGAGAUAUCACCAGCCAGACAGCUCCGAAGAUGCCAUGGAAGUCAUUGCCUGACAAUAACUGAUGUUCCCAUCACUGUUUACGCGACUAUGCGAAAGCUGCCUGCACAAAGCAGCAAGGAAAUGCAUCCUAAAUAGCAUCAUUAAGUCUUUCGUAGAGGUUGACUAGGUCAAGGGUAGUGGGUCAGUAUCAUCUUAUGAUCUGGUAAACAAAUAAAAGCGGUGGCACC